AUGUACCAGGUCAGGGCCGAGGCACGGCACGGAGCGUUCAACGUGAUCCACCUGGAGGGAGACACGAUCACCAUCCACAAGCGGACCUGUGCAAACAACUUCACCGAGAGCUUCAAGCUCGGCGAGGAGAAGGUGAAGCACGAUGGCAUCUUGCGCACCAGGAUAUCCGAGGUGGUUUCCAUGCCAUCUUCACGUCCCACGGGAUAUGUACGUUCCGCUAGAAGUACCGCCGUCUCCGGCGGAAGAGACGACGUUCACAUGCUCGAGUCGCGGCACAUCAUGGAGGGGGGUCUCUCUCACACCCAGGAGAUACGCCUCCACAAUCUCACCACCGGAGAGCAUUGUGUCACCAACAGAGUCUGGACGCGGGUACCGAUGACCGACGAGCACCAGGCGAUGAUGGGCCUGCUCUUGUUGGCCGAAGAACCAAGCAGCAGUAGCGCGAGGAUCUUGCGGCAAAACACGUAGGGUUUCCAGCGAUGAUGCAUGAUGUAUUGGAAUGUAGAGGAGAGACAAGGAAUAGUAUAUAUAGUUGAAUCUCGACGGACUGGUGUAGUAUAUGAGUGCGUGUGCGAUGUCUUGGGAGAGUUGUUUACACUGCGAAAGGAACCCGACGAUAUGAAAUGAUACCAAAGUAUGUAGUCGAUGUAGUAAAAAGGGGAUAGUCAACCUUGGGGUACAUGCUUUUUUCGUAUUGUUUCGGGUUGAGAUCGGUUAUACACAAAACUCAUUUUCUCAUUUGUGCUAUUGACGUCUCCGCAUCCUGCUGUACGCUCCCGUCUACCAGGGUGUGUUUGGGGGUGUGGGGGUGAUACUGUAAUACUGAUCGUGAAGUUGAGCCGCUGCCACCGCACACUUGAAGGAGCGUGGUUGCUGCUGGUGAGGUAAUGCGGUGGUCAUGUUGGCGCCUGUUGCUGUGCCAGCUGAUGCUACUGUCAAAUCCUCAUCAGCAGCAGGAGGACGAGCCGUGGCGGGAGCCGCUUGUGUAGAAGAAGUGUGCUCGGUCGUGUUGAAAUGACGAGGGAUUCGGGGGAGAACCUCAUACAGGGUACCAGAUUUUGCACCCAUACAGGGUGCCAUAUGGCAAGGUGUCCCCAGGGUUACGACCUUGACAAGGUGUCGCUUCGGUUAUCACCUUGACAGGGCCGGGGUGUCCUGGUACCUUGUCAGGGCAAGGCCUACCAACCAUGGCAGGGUGAGGUCGGCUGUGUACCUUGGGCGGAUUGGUUUUUCGAAACGGUUUCAUUUCCUCUGUUUCCUACGGUUACAGUGACUCCCCAGCGCCGGCUACAUGCUUGAUACGCAAACAGGAGACACGAAGGAUGACAAAGUACACGCCAGAGAAUAGACCGACAGGAGCAGCUGGCGCUAGUAUCAAAUUUACGACACACCGAUCCAUCUGUCCGAAGAUUCUCCCUCGUUCAACGCAUCUCGACCCUCCGUGCACGAAACAGCGAAGAGUACCUAGUUACACAAUGCCCGCUCCGUUUCGUAUAUGUGUGACGCGCACAACACUACUCUAUUCGAGAGCUACGCGAGACAUGCAUCAANCCUUGACAAGGUGUCGCUUCGGUUAUCACCUUGACAGGGCCGGGGUGUCCUGGUACCUUGUCAGGGCAAGGCCUACCAACCAUGGCAGGGUGAGGUCGGCUGUGUACCUUGGGCGGAUUGGUUUUUCGAAACGGUUUCAUUUCCUCUGUUUCCUACGGUUACAGUGACUCCCCAGCGCCGGCUACAUGCUUGAUACGCAAACAGGAGACACGAAGGAUGACAAAGUACACGCCAGAGAAUAGACCGACAGGAGCAGCUGGCGCUAGUAUCAAAUUUACGACACACCGAUCCAUCUGUCCGAAGAUUCUCCCUCGUUCAACGCAUCUCGACCCUCCGUGCACGAAACAGCGAAGAGUACCUAGUUACACAAUGCCCGCUCCGUUUCGUAUAUGUGUGACGCGCACAACACUACUCUAUUCGAGAGCUACGCGAGACAUGCAUCAAAGGUAUACAUGAAAAGCAAAAAGCAAAAUCCGACACUCACUCCG